AUGCACAAUGAUGCGAUCUUGGCAGGUGUUUUCAAGUGCCUACACAAUACAGUUCUGAUUGGCUUUCGAAACAGUGUGACCAGACUGGAAACGGACUUGGGUGGUGGGUGGAGGAGUGGAGAUGAUGAGCUUCUAGAAAACAAUGAUAGACUGGCAAGAAUAGAACGGUGCGGUCUGAACGGGAAUUCCAGGAAAGUUAUUCUUAGUAAUCCGGAUCUUACAGCUCCAUUUUCACUGACUUUAGAUGCAAUUGAUGAACGUUUGUACUGGUUUGAAAGUGCCACACUCAACAUUAUGACCUCAGAUUUCAAUGGCGAUGACGUCAUAGUCUUCCACACAAUUGAAAGGAAUCACCUUCCGGUCUACACCAUAACGAUGGCCAUUUCUCAUUCCGGAUAUUUGUAUUACACCGACCAUUCCCAAUUUUCCGUAAGCGCUAUGAAAAAAUAUUCAAAAAAUUCCGACGACACGGAGGAGGACGUGAUUUAUGAUUUUUUGGGACUUCCGGAUUAUCCACAGUGCUUGAGAGUUUUCGAGGAAAAUCUAUCUUACCCCAAUCGGACUUCUGAAUUUGCACAUCCCUGUUCUUAUUUGUCGUUGGGGGGUCCAAAUCCGCCAUUUUAUUCCUGUGCUUGCCCAGCUGGUGUUAUGCUGGCGGAUGACGACGACCACGAUUGCUUCGAAGGUGUCAUUCGUAUUAUACUUAUUUUGUAUUCAAUCCAAUUUUUAACAUCUCUACCGAAAGGUUCCAAAAAGAUCCUCUUGGUAGUUCAUUACUCGAACAUCCGACUUAUCUCACUGGAUACUACUGCUUUUGCUGAUCAAAUCAUAAACAUAGAAUACAUAAACAAAGAUAGUAAAGUUGUUGCUGCUGAUUAUGACCCAAUUUACGAGAAAAUCUAUUGGACAGAUUUGAAAACAAGGGCAAUAUAUAGGUCAAACUUGAAUGGAUCAAGUGCAGAAAUGCUACUGAGAACCAAUGUCUACGAACCAGAAGGCAUAGCCGUUGAUUGGCUGUCGGGCAAUUUCUAUUGGACGGAUGCGGCAGCCAACAAAAUUGAACUCGUAAAAAUACCGGCCAGUGAUAGGUCAGAAAGAUCUAAUUUAAAGUUUGUCGAGCCAAUCAGAAAGGUAAUAAUUCAGGAUGGUCUCCAGAAACCGAGGGCCAUUGUUGUCGACUCCUUUGCCGGUUACAUCUUCUGGGCAGACUGCAGCAACAAAAGGGGCAACAAAAUCGAACGAGCCCGAUUGGAUGGUUCCGAAAGAACGCUCGUCAUUGAUUGGCCGACGGUCGUAUGGCCGAAUGGAUUGGCCCUCGAUCGGCCAAUGAGAAGACUGUUUUGGGUCAAAGCUAAGUCUCACGUGAUAGAGAGCAGUAAUUAUGAUGGCUCUGAUUGGCGGGAAGUUGUAUCACGUGACGUAGUUCACUUGUUUGGGCUAUCUCUUAUUGAUGAAUUCAUAUACUGGACCGACUGGAGCACUAACUCCAUUGGAAGGGCUAAUAAGAUUACCGGUGGGACGAGAAGCGAAUUAGCGAGUGACCUCCUUGAACUUGUAACCGUCACAGCUGUCUACAGUAAGGCACAAUACAUCCCCAACUUCAAUUCCAACGCAACCAGCUUACCUUGUUUUGAGGACAAUGGUGGAUGUAGUGAUUUCUGCCUCAUCACACCCAAUAACAACACCACAACCUUCAAUGAGAUAGGGGGUAAGAGGAGGGCCCAAUGCCUAUGCCCUGAUGGUUUUAUCCUAUCCGGGGUACAUAUGGAUCAGUGCUCUGAAGUCAAACCAAAUGUUGUUCUCUACAUAAAUGGCAGUUUGAAGGUUUUGCAGAUGGAGAUGAUGGGAGAGGGGGAGAGAAAGAUAGAGAUGAUGAUGAAAAAAGGGAGUGGAUUUGAACACAACAUGAUUUUUCAUAAUAGUAGCGUUGUUUCUGGUACUAGCUAUAAUAUUAUUAGUAAUGCUAGUAACGUAAUUAGUAAUGGUUACAUUAAUGAGGUGUUAUCGAACCACGUAGAGUUGUUCUCAUUGGAUGAGAAUAACGUGGACUCAUUUGAUUGGCUGGUUAGGGGGCAAAGUCUCUUCUGGUUGGACGGAAGAAAUAAGAUCAUAUAUAGGAGAAAUUUCGUUGAAAUACGCGCUGAAGACCAACAUAGUACAAAAAGCGUUAAAACUCCAUUCUUAACUAACCUACAAUCUCUUCCUCUUCAGACAUCAUCAUCAUCGUCGUCGUCACCGUCAUCAUCUUCACCAUCAUCUUCGUCGUCAUCAUCAACGUCAUCAAUAGCAGUGGAUUAUAUAUCGGGCAACGUAUAUUUUGUGAUUUCCAACAGAAUCGAGAUGUUGACUAGUAGUGCCAAGAGUAGAAUCGUCAUUGCCUGGAAAAAUGUCAAGUGCAGCUUCCUAAAUAUUGACCCGAUGAAUGGGUAUUUAUUUUGGAUCAAUAAACUGAUCUCAACUACGAUAGAAAGAACAUCAUUGGCUGGCAAAAAGAGGUCAUCCAUAUUAAACAAUCUAGGUCGGGUCAUUGGUCUGACCUUUGACCCGGUUUUUCGAUAUAUCUAUUGGUCAGAUAAAUUGGGUCAAAUUGAAGGGGCCAAUUAUAAUGGUCUGGGGAGAUAUACCUUGCUGUCUUCAACUUCGUCAUACCAACCGACAUAUUUGAAUUUUUACAAAAACGACAUCUAUUGGUUCGAUUCUGUUGAAGGUCGUCUUAUGAAAGUAUCAACAGCCAAUCAGAAAGCAGAUACAAAAUUAGAUAACUCCACCCAUCGUGAAGGAAACGUGGUAUUGAUUAUGAAAAACUUGAAGGGUCUUAAAGGGCUCAGGAUUGGUCAUCCAACUGUCCAAUCAGGUGAUAACUAUUGCUCCUUACCAAGAAAUAGUGGCUGUUCUCACAUUUGCCUGGCCUCGUCCACUCCUACCACCACUACCACUACUACGCUGAACCAUGACGGCCUUUAUAAAGGACGCAACUGCAUUUGCCCCGCUCAUCUAGUUCCCGACGAUAUUCAGUGUAUAGUGCCAACCCACGCAAUGUUCAUAGCAACGGCGAAGUCUCUAUUCAACUUCGUCGUCGACACAGCCAGCGGCAACAUUGUGAUCACCCCUCUGCCCUUAACCUUCGUCAAUGUCAAGGCCGUUGCGCAUGACGUCACGGACAACGUCAUCUACCUCUUGGAUCAGGGAUUGGGAGUUGUUUCCGUUCCUCUCAAUGAUUCUUAUGUGCUCUCGCCAACACUCGUGGCACCAUUCAGCCCGAAACCCCCACAACAACCAUUCGACAUGUUGAUCGACCCGCGAGAUCGCGCCCUCUUCUGGACUGACAAAUCAAAAAACGUCAUCGUUAUGACGUCACUAGGUCAGGAAUUACGUCACGGGAUCAUUGACCUGGUCACUGAGAACACUUUGAUGGGUAGAAAGGCUAGGCCGAGGCAUCUUGCUCUUGCAGUCGAAUCCAGAUUGUUGUUUUUUGUCGAUGAAGACCAUUCAAUCGAAUACCUUGACCUGAAUGAAAGUGAGAAUGAACGACAGUCGAAGCAACGACGCCAUCAACCUAAGAACACGCGCGGUGCAAACGGCAUAGAGCCUAAAAUAACGAAAACAUCGAAGACAGUGGUGCAAACGUACAACUCUAUAGGUCCAAUUUUUGUAGACGAAUCCGCCAAACGCAUCUACUGGUACAAUUCAUUCCAAAAAUCAAUAGAGUUCUCAAACUUUGAUGGCUCUGAGAGGAGUCGUUUACUGAAGAAUGUCAAUCAUCUGAGUAUUUUUACAAUCAUCAAUGAGCUUCUUAUUUGGGUGGACAACCGCACGAAUAAGAUGAAUGCCUACAACUUGUCAACUGGGAAAGUUCUAGAUGUCCAUAUGACUAGUCUGAUGGAAGGAAUCACGGAUAUCUUUGAAGUUUCAAGGAGUCCUACAAAGAAGGUUGACAACCGCAAAGAGGGUAAAGCAGAGGCCACAAUUUGCAGCACACUGGGCUGCUCCCAUGGUUGUAAUGGGACCUUCAAUGGGUGUAAGUGCCCGAAGGAGAUGCACCUUUCCGACGAUGGCAGAACUUGCGUGGACAGCACUUGCCCUCCGCAGAGUUUCUCCUGUCGCUACCUCAAGUUUGGUUACGAUGCGAGUAGGAAUGAAAUUAAAGAAGAAGCGAGGUCGGUCAGAGAGAAAGUUCAUUUUUCGAGAGAUCAUCUGGUAGAUGUGGGUAGUUUCGUUCAUUGCAUCCCGGAGAAAUGGAGAUGCGAUGGAGAAGAGGAUUGCGAUGAUUCCUCCGAUGAAAUUAACUGCACCAUUUGUCAGCCGGAUUUCUUUUCCUGUCCUGGCGAUAGAAAAUGUUUGAGACGCGAUAUGAUUUGCAAUGGAAACGUCGAUUGUGGCGACGCCAGUGACGAGUUGAACUGCCUGAUGUGUAUGGCCACGCAUUACAAUUCAUUCGUAUUAACGCCGGCCAGUGAGUUGUACGAAUGCUCUGAAAUCGAGUGUAUCACAUCGGAUCAGCUAUGUGAUGGAGUUAGCGAUUGUGAGAAUGGAUUGGAUGAAAUGAAUUGUCGGAAAAAGAAUCCGGUGGAGAAGUUUGAAAAUUCUGCCAAUGAUUCAAAGACACAUUUUUACAUGGCCUUAACAACUGUAACCAUCUGCCUACUCAUCAUCGGCAUGAUGAUGAUUGCUUUCUGUCUGAUGAAACGCGGUCACAAAUCAUGUUGUCGACUUUCCAAGAAGGAGAAUCUGUACACGGCACCCCCGACCACGGCCACAAUCACAAACGAAAGCUACGGCAUCUGUGCGACGGCUUCAUCUUCAUCACCAUCGAAGCUUCUCACUUCUCCACCUCCUCCUGCUUACUUCAGUCCUCCACAGUUCAAACUGAACAACUACCGCUCGUCUCUCGAUUCGAGCGUCAGUCUGCUGGCAGCCGAUGCGAUCAUCGGUCCUUACCCAUCGCCAGCCACAAGUUUCGUCGAAUCCAAUCGACAUCAUCGUCGAAGUUUCCGUUACGAUCCUAAAAGCAGAACAACUGCAUCCUAUUACCCUGCGAUGUGUAACAGCAGCAAGUCUAAUGAAGUUUGUCUCGCAUGUGAUGACGACAACUACGACUCGAAAUCGCAGCCUCCUCCGCCUCCGACCACUCCUUGCAGCCAGUUUCUUUCCGGGAAUGAUAUGCUCGCAUCUUCAUCAUCCAUAGCGGACAGUAGCAAUCGCUACUACAGGCACGACUACAUGAAGCGCAAGAAGAGAUUAUGCCAUUCAAAAAUCUGGGACGUCACUAACGAUUCGUCCGUUUACCCGCCACCCAGUGGCAGGUCCUCAGCCACCCUCCCACCGAACCCUGCUCCAAGUUUGUCCGCCAUCACUGCUACCUACUCCAACAACAACAAUGGUGCAGACGUCAACUGUGCUACUCUACCUAGCAUGAAUGACAGUACUAAUGUUACUGCUGACACUAACAACGUCACCGACUGUAGCAGUGACAGAUGCAACAACAUUUGUAGUAGCAACAACCACAGUAAUAAUACUGCCUUCGAAAAUAUGCAUCCUCGCUUGCAUUCAACCCCUAUGAAGAAGAGUAAGUCCAACCGUCAUCAUUAG